AUGACAAACACAGUACUCUUGUUGCCCCGGGUGGAGGGUGGGGUGGGUACUCUAAAACAGUGAAACCUCUAUUAAGCCGACACCUUCAGAACCUUCCCAAGCGUCUGCUUAAUAGAGGCUUGUAAAAAUUGUGCAAUGUUUGUUAACGAUCAACAUUUCAACGGUUACUCUGUAUUGUGAAAAAGUUGCAUGUUGUUAAAGAAGCUAUCCAGAGUUCAAGUUCAUUACCUUUCAUUACCAACUUUAAUUCAUUUGUAAAUGCAGAAACAUAAACUGACUUCAGUACAUAUUCCUAAGACAUAAUUCAGUACUACUAUUGUCAAUUCAGUUCGGUGUCUGCUUAAUAGAAGUUUUUAACAAUAGAAAUCAGCCAAAUACAAAUUAUUUAUUUUAGUGUCCGCUGAAUAGGGGUUUGUUAUAAAGGGAAAUAUCAGACAUUCGUUUCGGACCCGGCUUAGUGUCCACUUUAUAGAGGUUUCACAGUAUAUGGUAUAGGCUAGAUUAAGGUAUGUGCCAACUGUCUGAUAGGGUAUGGUUUUUUAAGGUCUUGAUCCUCAAAAAGGAUAUCAUUUUUUCCCUUGUUGGCAUUGUCUUCUUAGUGUGAUGCCUAGAUAUCUAUUGAAAAUUAGUAUUAUGAAAGAGAUUUAAUGAAGGUUGGCAUCUGGCAUUUAAUUCUUAUCUGUUAUUUUUCUCUUGGGUGUUGUCUCAUCCUUCAACAGGGUCAGGGUUAAAAGACCCAGGAUGGCACAUACCUAUCCAAAAGUUAUGAGAGAACCCUCCCCGCCCUGGGUCUUGAUGGAUGUAAUCAGAGCUGUCGUUAAGGACCCUAACCUGUAACACCUGUUACAGCUCAGCUCACUUGAUGUUAUGGGUGAUCAAAAUGGGAAGCUAAAGGUGACACUUUAAAGUUUUGGGGAGAUGUUACAGGUGAAUCUUUAUUAGCUAUGACCGCUCUAAUAAUUAGUGACAGCCCUGGUAACACUGUUUUGUGUACCCUCCUAGCUUGAAACAAUAAAGAGAAUUUCAUAAAAUAAAUAAUUUUGUGUAGUUCCAGAAAAUAUCCUUUUAAUUUUAGCUUCAUAGGUACUUAUUAAAUUUGUGAGUCACUGAGAACACACCCACAUUGCUUGGAAUUUCCAAUCCCCUCUGUGGCAUAUGCACGUUGAUAACAUUGCUGUUUAUAUGGUAAUAAUUCUUAAAUUUUAACAACUAUAAUGUUAUCUCAAUUUAUUUGCAAGGAAUGACAUGAUCAUGCUCUUUGACUAAAGCCUUUAGGCUUCGUUAAGAAAAUAGUACUAGUAGUCAUAGUGUUGCAAUGUUCUCGUUAUCAGGCGGUAACUGGCAAAAUGUACUGCCUGAAGCAACACUUUUCGUACUGCCUACAACUGCUUGAAGGUUUACUAAAAUUAAAUAUUAUGUAGUUUUAAAAAAUACACAAGUUGUGAUCCAAUCCGAUCAAGGAAAUGAAUGAAUAAAUUAUAUGGAAAAGUACCGUAAAGAUACACAGCUUUCAUUUUUAAGGGCCUGCAUUUUGGAAAAAGAACGUUGAAGGCAGGGUAAAAUUAUUGGGAUCAAACGUUCAAAAUUGUUGUCUAAAGAUAACAAUGCCUGAUUUCCGUAAAAUUAAUCUUACAAUGGGGGAAUGACGUUUCAAAGAGCUUAACUCCUCUUAGGGUGAGGCCAUGUCCCUCACUCCACUACCCCCUCCCCUCCGGCCCCCAAGGAAAGUGCUUGAAUAGUCCCUUACCCGCUGAGCUAAAAUUCAUGUUAAGGCAAACACUGGUGUUAGGAAAUGGUUAAAUCUGAACCUUUCUGAGANUCCAAUCCGAUCAAGGAAAUGAAUGAAUAAAUUAUAUGGAAAAGUACCGUAAAGAUACACAGCUUUCAUUUUUAAGGGCCUGCAUUUUGGAAAAAGAACGUUGAAGGCAGGGUAAAAUUAUUGGGAUCAAACGUUCAAAAUUGUUGUCUAAAGAUAACAAUGCCUGAUUUCCGUAAAAUUAAUCUUACAAUGGGGGAAUGACGUUUCAAAGAGCUUAACUCCUCUUAGGGUGAGGCCAUGUCCCUCACUCCACUACCCCCUCCCCUCCGGCCCCCAAGGAAAGUGCUUGAAUAGUCCCUUACCCGCUGAGCUAAAAUUCAUGUUAGGGCAAACACUGGUGUUAGGAAAUGGUUAAAUCUGAACCUUUCUGAGACAGAAAAAGCUGCCGUUUUUUUUACACAUAAACAAACUCAGAUCAUGGCUUAAGAGAAUCAGUAAACCUCCAAAUUUGUUUACGUGUUAUUUUUUAGGAUAGGUAAGUGAUUUUCUAGUCUGUGAAUAAUAUUCUCAUUUGCCUUCUUGAUGCUCUGCUGCUCAUAAUGAACAAUAAAGUUUGUUUAGGUGUCAGGAUUAGCCAAUUUCAGUGUAUAGGUGGUUUUCAUGCAAUCUCGGGAGACGCAAAUAACAAUGGUGAAAUGAACAAAUGCUGGUGAACAAACAAAGCGAGCUAAUGAGUGAUCUUUUGUUUACCGUCCACCAGCAUGGCGUUGAUGACGUAACGUGAAAACCACCUAUUAUAAACUUACAACACAGUUUUGUUUAUAAAUGACUGUCUUUUAAUAUGAAGUCUUAUUGUAAAACAAGUCCUUAAGACUUGUGGUAAAAAGUUCAACAGUCUGUUAAUUAAGGAAAAAACAGGCAAGAAUGAGGCUUCGAGAUCAUAAAAUUCAUCUCAAAUUCAGCUCACAAUAUUUCAAGAUCAGAUCAAAAUUUUCCACGAUCCCCAAUUUUCUAGGUAUGUGUGAUUACCCGUGUCUGCUCUUCAAACAGUGACUUAUGUUUGCAAACUCAUGUUUAAAAACAACAGUAUACCAACUAUUCCAUUUACCAGGGGCACCCAACGAGGAUAUAGUUCAAAACCACUUAACAUAACAUUGUUGAACGUAUUUUAGUAUUCAAACGGUAGAUAUACAGGCAUAUUUUUAUCCCCUAGAAACUUUUCAUCUGUUCGGAUUUCCUAGCUGAAAAUCUAGUGAUCCGAAAAUUAUAGGGAUAAAAACUUAUCUUCUCGAAAAUUUCAGCCAGGAAAAGGCUCCCGAAAAUUCUAGGUGGCCUUUUUUAGGGUCAAAAUCCGUUAACAAUGAGUAAUUAUACCAUUUUGUAGAUGUUCGAAAAUCCUAGGAGAGGCAGGCAAGCAAGAAAUUUUACAACAAAUGCUGCGAAAAUUCUAGAUCUCAAAUCGUCUUCCGAACAGAUAUUUUCCCGAAAAGUGCCGUUGGGUGCCCCUGAUUUACCUUCAAAGGUUUCCUGUAAACUUUUCAGGUUUUGAGGUUACUUAGAAUGAUCUUGGAUAAGGCACUUUUUAGACUUGUGCAUGCAGCGUUGUGAUACUUUUAGAAGAUCGCAGGCUGAAGAUUGUGGAAUUUACACACUGGCACUAACAGUGGCUAAAAAAAUCAAUGCAAUUUAUUUUUGUCCAAAAAAAAAAAAAACAGAUUUCUGUUUGUAGGCUUUUUCACGGUAGAUGGCGUAGCUUUAAGCCAAUCACAAGACUUGCGAAGAAUAGGGGAUCCGAUUCCCUUAACUGAUUCAUAGACCGCAUAAGGACAGUUCGACAACUCGUCAAAAGUCAGAUUUCCAAUCAAGUAUUUUCAGUUUUCCCAUUUCCCACAAAAUGGAUUCCCAACCGCCAAAUAAUGGAUUUGGACCACUUUCGAAACCUCGUGGGAGCGGUGCUGUUUUCGGCGCUUUCCUUGUGGUCGCUGUCAGUGGUGCUGUCCACAUAGUAAAUGCGAUCGCCUUUUCUUCAAUCAAGGAAAGCAAAGAUGAAAUCCUUUUUUUGUUCUUUGGAGCCGCUCUUCUAACCCUAAGUUUAAUCCUUAGCGAGUUAGUGCGAAGAGUGUGUCUGGUUAACGAAGAAAGACGACACAGGCACACUCGAUACGAAGGAAGUUGGAAGAAACUUCUCAAUUCCACUUUCACUUUUCGAUACGGCCAUUCUAUUUUGGUCGUUGGUGUUGUGUCCUUUCUGACGGUGUUGUCGUUUGUCUUGUACUACGCCUUGUACGAAGAUUGCAAGACCUUCUGUCGAUCAGAAUACUGGAUACUUUUCUCGUUGAACUGCUUCUUGGCCCCUCAACUUUCGUUUCUUGUCGGUUUGCGAGAACCUUCUAGCGCGGAAGUAUCGCAGAUCAACGAGAGAGAAAACAAAAAUGUGGCCGAUGGUCUAGCUUGGAGCUACNUAGUAAAUGCGAUCGCCUUUUCUUCAAUCAAGGAAAGCAAAGAUGAAAUCCUUUUUUUGUUCUUUGGAGCCGCUCUUCUAACCCUAAGUUUAAUCCUUAGCGAGUUAGUGCGAAGAGUGUGUCUGGUUAACGAAGAAAGACGACACAGGCACACUCGAUACGAAGGAAGUUGGAAGAAACUUCUCAAUUCCACUUUCACUUUUCGAUACGGCCAUUCUAUUUUGGUCGUUGGUGUUGUGUCCUUUCUGACGGUGUUGUCGUUUGUCUUGUACUACGCCUUGUACGAAGAUUGCAAGACCUUCUGUCGAUCAGAAUACUGGAUACUUUUCUCGUUGAACUGCUUCUUGGCCCCUCAACUUUCGUUUCUUGUCGGUUUGCGAGAACCUUCUAGCGCGGAAGUAUCGCAGAUCAACGAGAGAGAAAACAAAAAUGUGGCCGAUGGUCUAGCUUGGAGCUACUAUUUCGGCUACUUGAAGAUGGUGCUUCCAAAACUUGUUGACAAUAUCGGGCAAUCGAAUUUCAGGUGGGAUAUUACCGAGAAAAAGCUCUUCAUAUUGAUUCCAAAAAAUUGCUUUACCUACAAUGAAAUUAACAAGGCAGACGUAAGAAUCAAGAGUGCUGGAAAUCUCGUGCCGUAUGAGACACACCGAGGUGGGAUAUCAAAGCGACGCUACCAGCACACCGUGCACCAGAUAGAGAUGCCACGCUCUGGUGAAGAUCCCCAUUACUUGGUUCUGGAGUAUGCCACCCCAUUGAUGUCCCUGUACGAUAUGUCUAAGCACCCAGAGUGUGGACUGAGUCGCCAAGAGCGAGAUGAACAGGUAACUUAAUUAAUUCAACAUACAAACAUUUUAAGUUAAUCAGAUAUUAUUUCGUAUAGCCUUUCCUUUUGUAGCAAAAUGUAGCACUCUCCACUGCCCCCAAUGGGCCAUUCCAUUUAAUAUCAAACCCCUGCUCCCAUCGAUGAGGUGUUUUUGGCCAGAACCGUUCACAAAAUCUUUCCUGGGGUGACCCCGUUCAGAAAUUAACAUUUUGGAUAAUAAACCUCUCUCCUUGUAUUGACUCCCUCCUAAAAUCUCUAGGUGAUUCCUUAUGAAAACAUAAUCUUCUAUCAGAAGGAAUGGAUAUAAAUGGAAAGAAGCAAGACUGAUUUUACAUAUGAUACUAUAGUAACACAUAAAAAUUUUAAAUAAGGAGAAAGUGAAGUUUGAAAGUAUAUGGAAACAAUAACUGUUGAAGUUAUGAUAUGAAAGAAAUUUGAAAUGUAAAAAUAGUAUAAAUAAAUACAAAUGGAAGAAAUAAGGAAUGUAUUACAACGAAAGAUGAAAUGUAGGUAUUAAAAUACCUAACGGUUCAAGAGCUUUGCCUCUCUCGAUGAGGUAUGCUUCUCUCUUUCACAUACUUUCUCAGUAUUACAAAUACAAGUCAAAUACAUUUCUGACGGACAAACUUCAUGCACAUUCCAAUCUACAGGUGAAACCAGACUUAUUGUCCAUAUCACAUCAACUGUAACUCUAAAAACGUCAUUUGCGUGGUACAAUUAUGCAACCACUACUUUAAACAGUCCAUCGGAGAAACAAAACAAUGACUUAAAGGCCAUUUCUCCUUUUCAGGGGAAGAAAGUUAAUAAGCCCCCCUUCCCUCCUUUAAUUAUUCUUCAGUGUCAGUAAUCAAUUGUGACUGUAAACUUUUAUGUGGACUGAUCCUGGGAUGGAUGGUUUACUAAAAGUAUUCACCCCUCAGAUUUGUUGUUGAUCCUCGGCUGCACGACCUCUAACUUCUGAUGCCGAGCUUUUCCACUUUGGAUUCUAGUUCUUUAUGGAGAACUGAUACCAUCAACUGUACUAAAUUAAAUAAGCCCCCCAUCUCUAUUGAGCCCCCCUUAAAUGGGUUUGAGAUAAAUACCCCCCCACCCGGGGGGGCUUAUAGAGGAUUUACGAUAACUCCUAAGAAAAAUUUUAAACAAUGCUUACGCAAAGUUUGGAAGGGGAGCAAUUGGGGUGUACUGUGGGGGUGCUAAACAGGAGUAUUUGUCUGGUUUUUGGAGUAACCGAAAUUGUAAUAAUUAAAAUUUUGGUUAAUUAAAAAAAAAUUCAACAAUUAAAAGUUUGGUUCCCCCAAAAACCAGACAAAGACUCCUGUUUAGCACCCCCACAGUAUUAUUAUUAAUUUCCCUCAAAAUGCUUUUAACCCUUUUGUUUCAAUAGGUAGUCCUGUUUUAUCGCAAAUUGAGGGAAAUCUUAGAAGGUUGUUGGGAAUGUAAAGGAAGGUAUGAAUUAGUGCUCAUCUCUGGGGAAGUCGAGGAUGAAAUUGCAGAUGUGUUGGUACCAAUGCUUCCGUCAAGAUGUGGAUCAGGGGUGAAAGCUGAGUGA